UGCUUUUUUGUCGACAAGUGCAUCAUCUGCUUGCAAUAUGGGGGAAGUGCGAGCAUAAACAGCUGCUUAAAGUGGAAGCUAGUAGGUCCAAUCCAACAUAAACGUGAACUUCUCCCUUUCGCUGCUCCAAUGGCGGAUUCGACAUCACAAAGCAGAUCAAGGGACCUCGACAAGCUCCUUCUCCGCCCCGGAAAUCUCGUUGGGCCGACCUUCGAGGCCGGUACAGAGUUGAGAGAUGAUUUAAAGGAGUAUGUAAGAGUGUUAGUGAUAGGUGCUGGUGGAUUAGGUUGCGAAUUGCUUAAGGAUUUGGCUUUCUCUGGAUUUCGUAACCUCGAGGUCAUUGAUAUGGACCGAAUUGAAGUUACCAAUCUCAAUCGCCAGUUUCUCUUCAGACUUGAAGAUGUAGGGAAACCAAAGGCAGAAGUUGCUGCUAAAAAAGUGAUGGAGAGAGUCAAUGGUGUAGAAAUCAAGCCACAUUUCUGUCGGAUUGAGGACAAACCAAUAAGCUUCUACAGUGAUUUCCAAAUUAUUGUUCUUGGUCUUGAUUCUGUCGAAGCUCGAAGCUAUAUAAAUUCUGUAGCUUGCGGCUUUCUAGAGUACGAUUCUGAUGAUAACCCACGAGAAGAGACAAUUAAGCCUAUGGUUGAUGGUGGGACUGAGGGAUUCAAGGGCCACGCAAGGAUUAUAAUGCCAGGUGUUACCCCCUGCUUUGAGUGUACAAUAUGGCUCUUUCCUCCACAAGUGAAGUUUCCAUUAUGUACUCUUGCUGAAACUCCAAGAACUGCUGCUCACUGCAUUGAGUAUGCACAUCUAAUCAAAUGGGAUGAGGUUCAUAGUGGCAAAACAUUUGAUCCAGAUGACCCUGAACACAUGCAAUGGGUGUAUUCAGAGGCUGUUAAGAGAGCAGAGCUCUUUGGAAUUCCGGGAGUUACCUAUUCUUUGACCCAGGGUGUUGUUAAAAAUAUCAUUCCUGCUAUAGCAUCCACCAAUGCUAUAAUUUCUGCUGCCUGUGCUUUGGAGACCUUGAAGCUUGUCUCCGGAUGCAGCAAAACUCUAUCAAAUUACUUGACGUACAAUGGAGUUGAAGGUCUGCACACCAAAGUGACCGAGUUUGUGAGGGACAAAGAGUGUCUUGUUUGUGGUCCUGGCGUUCUCAUUGAGCUGGAAGCUUCAGUUACUUUGAAAAAGUUCAUUGGUCUGCUAGAAGAUCACCCUAAGCUACUAUUAAGUAGAGUAAGUGUGACGUAUCGAGGGAAGAAUCUGUACAUGCAAGCACCUCCAGUACUGGAAGAGAUGACUCGAUCGAAUUUGGAUUUACCAUUGUUUGAGCUUAUGAGCAAAACUCCAAGGGACAUUGUUCAUGUUACUGGUACAGCCGGGAAAGGAGAUACAAAGCAAUCAUGUUCAAGGAAAUUACGUGUUGUUUUCAAGGGAAUUGAUGGGGUUACAGAUAUGGACAUGGCUGGUGGGGCUUAAUAUUCAGUUAUCCACUAGCCUUUUACUUGUUUCUGGUAAGCCUACUUUUAGGAGCAUAGCUUCUUUCCUUCCUCUAAUUUUUCUCUAGUUCAACGCAUGAGCAAAAUGCAGUAACUGACGAGGUUGAUAGGGAAUACCUCCAUUUUUGUAACUCUUUCUUAUCAUGUCGACGUAAAAAUUGGUGAAUUGUCACCAACAUGUGAAAUGAAAUGAGAGAGUUCUUCAAUUCCUAAUCAUUACUUGAAAUUUGUCAAAAUACUUGAACUUCAGAUCAAUCUGAUACUAAUUUUCUUCA